ACACUUUCUACCUUCUCCAACAUGCUCAGCAGGAUGUUCUUCGUGUGCCUGUCUCUCAGUCUGUACGGUGCAGGCUGCUCGCUGAGCUGCAGAUGGCUGGAUGGUAAAUUCAAAGAGCACAGUGACAGCUCUUUGGUUUUGCUGGACGCGAUGGCGAAUAACUCCACUAACACCACUGAUGCUUCUGCAGUGGAAGACACUGUGGGCUUCCCUAAUGAGCUGUACAGCCAGGCGUCCGAAGCAGCAACUGAGUAUAAGCUUGCUUUCACAGUUCAGAUUCUAGAGGAGGUGGCUGCCCUGUUUGAGGAGGACCACAGCUUGGCAUCAUGGGAGCAGAGAACAGCGGACGACUUUGUCAAUGUUGUAGCCAAGCAGGCUGGCGGCCUUCGCUCCUGUAUUGGGAGCCACGGCCACAAGAACAAGAAGCUGCACCGGUAUUUCACCAGACUCUCACGCCACCUCCUAAAGAAAAUGGGGCACAGUGCUGCAGCCUGGGAGAUGAUCAGGAAGGAAAUCCAAGAACAUUUGAAUAGAGUGGCCCUGCUGUUUUCACCUUUACUCAGCACCAACAGAACUCUGUGA